UUACGCACGGCAUGAAUGGAAGACGCGAUCGCCUCGACCGCGUCCCUCGCCGUUGCGCGCGUAUGUACGGGUCGAGUGACGCACGGCCGCGUCGCCGUGGAUGAGCUUUUACGUUUUCCGACCGGUGUACAUAUGCGUGUCUCCCUCCGUCUCUCUCUCGCUCCCGCCUGUCCGUCUGCCCGCUCGCCCGUCCGUCUAUCCGUCCGUCUGUUCGCGCUCCUGCGCUCUCGAGCGCGCGUCGUCGUCGCGUCCUCGGCGACGCGUCGAGUCGAGCGCAUCGCGUUAAGAGUGUAUCGUCUUGACGGUCGUAGGUCGUCUCGAGUUCGCGCAAGCCCGCAGAGUCGGGGCGCGCGAAGGAAGAACGAGCCUCCGUCGCCGAGGAUAAAACGAGGACGUCCGCAAUCCCGCUUUUCGGAUUUCGAGACCGGGACCGAAGGCGCCUCUCUGGAUACGAUCGACCGCGCGGCGGACCACGGUGGACUCAUGGAGGGCACGCUGGAGGAGUCUGCCGCUAAGGACUCUUCUCCGGGCAGUCCUGACAGGCACUUGAAAGAUAUGAUUAUUCCGAACGGUGUCAAUGGAAACUAUAGUGCUGACAACGAAGAGUAUAUGGAUACCAGUGAUAACACAAGUAAGACAACGUUGAAAGAUAUUAUCACUGAAGAAGAGGAUGAGGAGGAGGAGGAGGAAGAGGAAGAAGAUGGGGAUGAGGAGGAGGAGGAGGAGGACGAGGAUGUUCAUGAAAGAGAAAUCGAGAUGGAAGAGGGAAAAGAUGAAGAUAGUGAGCAUAAUGAAGCAGUAGGUAAUCCUAGUAUGGAAGAUGAAACGUUUGACUUGAAAAAUGACUUUAAAGUAUCUAACUCACCCGGCGGUGUAAGUGAGACGAACAAUUCUAGUGAAGUGUCUAAAACUGAAAUAACUGAGUGUAAAAACACGUCCUGUGAAGCUAUGGAGAUAGACGAACAAAGUAAUAACUCUGACAUAGAGUGUCUUGACGAGAGCAUUACAGAAAUACAACUGGAUAAUGACGAUGUGUUCAUUUCGAAGAAAGCCAUCGAUAAACGGGACAACAAUGACAUGUCAUCAAAUUGUAGCUGUGACAGUAGUGAACUCGCUGACAACAGCAUGGAGAAAUCGGAUGACAAGCUCUGCGAGGAGAACGGAAGCUGUGGCAGUCCCGACAUCGAAGAGAUAACCGAUAGUGCGAAGAGCAACGAUCAUGAUACGUCAAUGGAACGUGCUAUUAAAGAUCCCAAGCAGAAAAAGCCGCGAAAACAGAUAGAUCUUAGUAGUAUCACGCCGAGAAGAAGCUCGCGCAAUAUUAAACGAACAAGCUAUAUAGAGAAGGAGUUGGAGGAGGAGGUAGACGAUGGAUCUGACAUAGAAGAGAUUAAGCCGGAAGAUCCAUUAGCCGGUAUCGAUAGCAAGGAUAAGGAGAAUUCUAAACUGAAGUCACCAAUCAGAAACAGUAAAACUACUAUCGUUGUUAAUGAUACUAAACGGCUGGUAGAGAUCGCCGCUGGUAGUAAAUCCAUCAAGGGCGGAAAGAAAGAACCUACGUUAGUUAUAAUAGACACAAACUCCAUUCUUUCGGGACGCGGUGGAGUCCCCGUGAGUAAUAGCAAACCUCAUCACUCGGUCUCCAACUCCAGUCCGUUCUCGGUUGUCCCAAUGGGCGGUAUGACAACGCAGACGAUGUACCCUAAUAUGAGAACAACCAUCACGCCAGUACCCAUGACUUCGAAAACGGCACAGCUGAGCCCGAAAACUAGUAUGACCACAGUUACGCCGACGGUACCGCCAAUUUUACCAACAUUGACCGACGAUAUGUUUGUGGUUGAAGCACCAUCCUUCAUAGUACCUUAUGUAUACGAGAAACCACCCCUGAAACCAUUGAAAGAAUUUGUCACUAAACUGGAGAGAAGCAUCGACGAAUGGGAGAAGGAAGAGAAGCUGAAGAGACUUACUGACGAAAGUAAGGAUAGUGAAGAAUACAAAGAAGAUUCUUUAGAUAUUAUUAAAAGAGGUAACGACAAGUCUGAUGAGAGUGACAUCGAGGGUAGAGCCAAACGAGACGGAGAUGGUGACAGUUCGAUAGACUUGAUCGAGCAGGGAUUCAGUGGUAUAAGUGACAAGCACGAGCUAAGACAAGACGACAGAAAUAAAAUACCGACAUACUUCGACCUGCCAUUGGGAAAGUUUUUUAUGCAAAUUGGAAUGAACCUCGUUCAGGAAUAUGUGCAAACUGAUCUCUUACGGACUCAAAAGCGUAAACAAGGCAAGGGUAGCACAUCGGCCGAGACUCAAUUAGCUAUAAAUUCACUUAUCAAGAAUUUAGAGUUUAGUAAAGAAAAUAACGAACCAUUCCACUUAGAGAUGAAGAAAUGCGAAUUCUGUAGUUUUAAAACGGAAUCGACAUUAGUCAUGCAGCAUCAUCUAGAAACGCCGCAUAUGCGCAAUUACGUUUACAAGUGCAACUUCUGCCCGAUGGAGGUGCGUAGUCCUCACGAUAUCCUGUAUCACAUGGAAGCGGAGCAUAAUACUCGCGGUAGAUUGGAACGCGGUCCUGCUUUCCACCAGUGCCCGAACUGUCCGUUCGAGGACAAUCAGAAGGGCAAAUUGACGCGGCACAUUCUCGCCUGCACGAAGAAGUUCAGACCGGAAAGAAACUUGGAGCCUGCGGUAGAUUGGGAGCCGCCAGCCAAGAUACCGCGGUUAAAUCGCGCACGACCCGUCGGCCCGACCACUCCGAGUGCGCUCGCAGCUAUGGCGAUGAGCGCCAAAGGUCCACAACCGUUGUUACCAAAAUUGCUUCCCGCGCCGAUCACUGGCCGUGGAAGAGGACGACCGCCGAUGCAGCCGAGAUAUUCCGAUCUGAAAACAUUGCGGCCAGGUGCUACUACAAUGCGGCAAGACAAUGUUGCAGGAAUGAUGUAUCGUCCUACAUCCUCUGGUUUAUUGGUACCCACGUCAUACCAAUUUGGUAGUAACCAAAUAUUCCAGGUGGUGGGUGGCUCUGGGACUGUCAUGUCGGCUGUCUCGGGAGUGAGUAGCAGUAGCGGCGGCAGUUCCGGUCAACCCACACCAAUUGCACUUGUACCCAACGUAAUCGACUCUCUGUCUAGGUUGUCCUCGUCACAGAACACAACAGCCAGUUCCAAAAAUCCUACAGCGAAGCUAUUAAGUCAGCCGAGUAUAUCUAUUACUCCACUACCACGUACAACAUCUCAAACCUCCAUCCCGGGAUCAGGAACUUCUUCGAAGUCUGGAGGAAAAAAUACGUUUGUUAUAUGUGAAAUUUGUGAUGGAUAUAUUAAGGAUCUAGAACAAUUACGAAAUCAUAUGCAGUGGAUCCACAAAGUAAAAAUACAUCCAAAGAUGAUUUACAACAGACCUCCAUUAAACUGCCAGAAAUGCCAAUUCCGCUUCUUCACAGAUCAGGGUUUGGAAAGACACUUAUUAGGAUCUCAUGGGCUUGUCACAUCCAGCAUGCAAGAGGCAGCAAAUAAAGGGAAAGAUGCGGGUCGUUGUCCAGCUUGUGGCAGGGUAUAUCAAUGGAAAUUAUUAAAUCACGUUGCUCGAGAUCACGGGAUGACAUUAAAGCCAGCGCAUCUAUCGUAUAAGUGUACAGUUUGCACUGCCACAUUCGGAAUGUACAAGCAAUUCGAGAACCACGUAUACUCGGCGCAUAGUGUCGUAGCAAAGAGAGUAAUGGAUAAGAAGAACGCGCCUGCGUCUCCGUCGUCCAGAUCGAACGACUCACUUUUAAAGCCGUUGAAGAUUAACGACGAGAUCACGAUUAUUCCGCAACCGGCGAAACCCACCACCAGAUCCGGCGCGAUUCAAGGCAGAGGAAAAUAGCAAUGAUGAGCUUGAGUGAUAAUUGUGUCUUGUCCGACCGAAUUUCGCAUAACUCUUUGUGGUACUCUAUACCGAUCACUGCGAACGUACAGUGGUUAACGUGCCGUUAACGUGUACAUGUGUAUGUAUACUAUGCUUUAAGACGCGAAUUAAUUCCAAACAUCUAAAGGAGGGGAAAAAAGCAAAAGAAAAAGAAAAAACUUACGACUCUUGACAACAAGGAAACUAGUUGACUGCGUAAUAAUAUUCCAUCAAUGAUUAUACCGAUAUAUAUUUAUUUAAGAAUUUUUAUUGUUGUUAUCGGACCUACAUAAAAUAGACUGUAAAAACAUUAAAGGGUGGCCUUCAGUCUGAUUCCUUGGUUAAAUCCUAGAGCUGCAUACUCCCGACCUAUAAACGCCUAUAUGUGUAAUAUGGACUCACGCGCGAAAUAUCAAGUGUAUUUACAUUUCGGUGCGACGAAUAAUAUCGUAAUACGUCACGCGCGAUACGAUACGGAUUACUCUCUUGCAUAGCGAAUUCUCUAUAAUGUAAAUUCUUUUUCUAAGAUAAAUAUAUUCGAAUUUAUUCUAUUUUGUUAUUAUGAUGCUAAAUAUGACUUUGGGACAAUGAAAUUGUCCUUAAUCUCCGGUUUCAUAGGAUGAUAAACAUCAUGUUUGCGAAGUACUUUCCGAACGAUAUACGAUGCGAUAAAUUGUACUAAUUGACCAGAGUGCCCACGACUGUCUCGCGAAUCUAUAGUACACAAGUACACAGGUACUAAUGAAGUGUAUACUAGCUACUAUAUCUGGUUCUUCAUAUAUACUAUACUUUCAUUUCGCCAUCAUACGUUUUUUAAUUAACAGUUAGUAAAAUUUAUUGUCAUACUUUAUUUAUGAUAUUUCAUAAAACUGUGUGUAUGAAAUAAUUUAUGAUGUAAAACGAAAAAUCUUGUUUCUUUUUUAAAAUCGGAACUUGUAAAUUGUAUCUAUAUUACUAUAGGUUUUUGAACCCUUUAGUCGCGUAUACUGUAAUAAAAAAAAUAAACAGAAAAUAUCCAGUUUUAUUUUAGCGCUCUUAUAAGAACAACAAAAAUGUACAUUAAUAUAGGAUAUAAUAUAAAGAAAAAUAUAUCAAUAAAAUAGGAUGGCACACAA